AUGUGUCAAUGGGAAUGGAAUCCGUUCCAGCAAUUUCAGCAACAGCAGCAGCGUCCAGUUCAACCAGUUCAGGCAAUCCAACCGCAAUGGCGACGGCCAAUGGCUGCCGGUACCCUUCAGCAUGAGGCAGCACUUGCCAGGACCAGAGCCAUUUAUGGUAUCCCUGGACAACGAAAUGCCAAUCAGAAGUUACGAACAUGCUGCCGAUCGCUGAAAGACGCCGACAUUGAGUGUCGUCGUAGGUACUGCGACUUCAACGCUCUCCGUCCGGACAUGGUCAUUGGAUUCAUGGCUCAAUGUGCACCUCGUGGACCUACAGUCGGGGAGAUGUGGGAUUGCGCCUCAUCCAGAGCUGACCAUACAGCUUGUUGCCGUGGACAGAACGUAAUCGACCAAUGCCUUGUCUAUUGUGAAACGACAAAUGGCGUUCCUACUGAUUACUUGAAGUACAUUGUAUGCUUGAGCCAAUUCGACAAAAUCCGUCAUUGCUUCCAACAGUACCUUGAACAUAAUCCCAACAUUAAUGGAGAUGACUGA